UUUGAUUUUGGAACCAUAUGCUGACCUCACCAACUACAAAUUUUCCUCUUUCUUCAAUUAUAUAAUGCCCAUUACCAAAUUUCUUUCUUCAUUCCAUCUCAUCUCCCCUUCUCUUCUUCUCUCUUCAAAGGAAGCCAUGGCCUUCACAGCUUUUUGGUUUAUUGGGUUAUGUUCUCUUCUUCUUGGCUAUGGAGUCCAUGUUGAAGCCUCUCACAAGGUUUUCUUAAACCUUCAAUCUCAUCAGAACGCUACUACAACAACCCAUCAGCCUUAUAGAACUGGCUACCAUUUCCAACCAGCCAAAAACUGGAUCAAUGAUCCUGAUGGUCCAAUGAUUUAUAAGGGAAUCUAUCAUCUCUUCUACCAGUACAAUCCAAAAGGAGCAGUCUGGGGUAACAUAGUAUGGGCGCACUCCACUUCUACUGAUCUUGUCAAUUGGGUUCACCAUGAACCUGCUAUCAAACCUUCCAUAAAAUCUGAUAUUAAUGGAUGUUGGUCUGGUUCAACUACAAUCCUCCCAGGGUACAAACCUGCUAUUCUCUAUACUGGUAUAGACCCACAAAAUCGCCAAGUCCAGAAUUUAGCAUUUCCCAAGAAUCUCUCUGAUCCAUUCCUAGUAGAAUGGACUAAACCACCCCAAAAUCCUGUUAUGACUCCCAUUGAUGGGAUCAAUGCAAGCUCAUUCAGGGAUCCCACUACUGCUUGGAAAGCUCCUGAUGGGAAAUGGAGGGUGAUCAUCGGAAGCAAGAUCGAUCGCCUAGGGAAGGCAAUUCUAUAUAAGAGCAAGGAUUUCAUCAAAUGGGAAAGAGUAGACCAUCCACUCCAUUCAUCCAAGAAUACAGGAAUGUGGGAGUGCCCAGAUUUCUUCCCUGUCUCUGUAAACAGUGGAGUUGGUCUUGACACAUCUGUGACUGGUCCUAGUGUUAAGCAUGUUCUUAAGGUGAGCUUAGAUGAUACCAAACAUGAAUACUACACAAUUGGUACUUAUAACCUGAAGAAGGAUAAGUAUUUCCCAAACAAGGGUUCUAUUGACAAUGGUUCAGGCCUGAGAUAUGAUUAUGGAAAAUUUUACGCUUCAAAGACAUUCUUUGAUAGCUCUAAGAACAGAAGGAUUUUGUGGGGUUGGAUUAAUGAAUCGGAUAGCGUAAACGAUGAUAUCAAGAAAGGAUGGUCUGGAGUUCAGGCAAUUCCAAGGAAUAUUUGGCUUGACAAGUCUGGGAAGCAACUGGUUCAAUGGCCUAUCGAUGAAAUCGAAAAGUUACAUGAAAAGCCAGUUGAUUUGCAGAGUACAGAGCUGAAGAAAGGAUCAGUAAUUGAAGUUUCUGGUAUCACUGCCUCACAAGCCGAUGUGGAGGUUUCAUUUGACUUGUCAACAUUGAAGAAUGCUGAGAAGGUGAACCCAAGUUGGGAUAAUCCACAACUACUCUGUAGUCAAAAAGGGGCUUCUGUUAAAGGAAGUUUAGGACCAUUUGGAUUGCUAGUUUUGGCUUCUGAAGGCUUGGAAGAACAAACAGCUGUAUUUUUCAGGGUAUUCAAAAAUCAAAAGAGAUAUGUGGUGCUCAUGUGCAGUGACCAAAGCAGGUCUUCUUUGAGGAAAGAUCUGGAUAAAACUACCUAUGGAGCUUUUCUAGAUGUGGAUCCUCUUCAUGAACAACUAUCACUCAGGAGCUUGAUAGAUCAUUCCAUCGUCGAGAGUUUUGGUGGCAAAGGAAAGGUCUGUAUCACAUCUAGGGUUUAUCCCAAAAACGCAGUGUAUGACAAAGCACAUCUAUAUGUAUUCAACAAUGGAACAGAGGAUAUAAGAAUCUCAAAAUUAAGCGCUUGGAGCAUGAAGAAAGCUGAGAUCAGCUAUUAAAAAAAAAAAAAAAAACAGGGAGAAAGGCAAGAUGAUGUAAACCACGGCAAAAACACGGAUGGUCAAGUUGUUGGGUCCCACUUUUCCAUGAACUAUAAGAUUGUUCCAAGAGUUACGCUCUAAGAACAAGAAGUUUGACUUUGGAGCAGCUAUCAGUCAAUUUAUGUCAUAAUAAUAAACAAAAUGCCAAUAUUUUUGAAUGUUAAUUAGGGUUUUCAUUGUUUGAAGCCUGUGGUAUUUUUCAGGUCGCAGGUUAGGUUCAAUAACUUGUACCUAGGGGUUUUGCAGGAGUCAAGCCCAGACCUCUCUAUUAAAUUGUCACUAUUUUUACUUUUACUUCAAUAAAAAUUCUCUCUCUCUCUCUCUC